AUGGUGCACUCUGUGAACCCGUGUGCUGGUGGCAGUGCUUCCCCGUGUGGGGUGGCUGCGCCCCAGCCCGUUGCUGACAGCUGCAAUGAGCCCUGUGUUCGGCAGUGUCCCGACUCCAGGGUGGUGAUCUACCCUCCACCAGUGGUUGUGACUUUCCCUGGACCCAUCCUCAGCACCUUCCCGCAGCAGAGUGUCGUCGGGUCUGCAGGAACCCCUGAAGUUGGAACUGGCUUUACUGGAAGUAUAGGAAUAGGGAACUUGUAUGGCUACCGGGGCUAUGGGGGCCUCUACGGCUACCGGGGCCUCUAUGGCUAUGGGGACCGCUACGGCUGUGGCGGUCUGUAUGGUUACCGGGGCAUUUACGGCCCUGGGGACUGCUACGGCUAUGGGGGUCUGUAUGGCGGCUAUAGGGGCUUCUAUGGCUCUGGGGACUGCUAUGGCUACCCAGGCUUUUACUCUGGCCGCUAUGGCUACCCCUUCAGUUCACGAUAUGGCCAAAGAUUUGGCUACGGGAGUUGCUACACGUGCUAA